AUGGCAGACGCUACAAACGGCAACGGCGCUGGUGCCGUUGGCAACGAGAACAUCAACACUGAUAUCAUCACCCUCACCCGGUUCUUGACUGAAGAGCAGUCAAAACACCCAGAGGCUACCGGUGACUUCACUCUUCUUUGCCAUGCUCUCCAAUUCUCCUUCAAGUCCAUCGCAUACUACAUCCGUCGUGCCACCCUGAUCAACCUCACCGGUCUGGCUGGCUCCUCCAACACCACCGGAGAUGACCAGAAGAAGCUUGACGUGAUUGGCAAUGAUGUCUUCGUUGCCGCCAUGCGGGGAUCAGGCAAGUGCCGUCUCCUUGUCUCCGAGGAGGAAGACCAGGCUAUCAUUUUCGAUGAGAGCCCCAAUGCCCGCUACGCUGUCGUCUGCGACCCCAUUGACGGCUCCUCAAAUCUUGAUGCCGGUGUCUCUGUUGGCACCAUCUUCGGAAUCUUCCAGCUCCCUGACGAGAUCCUCGGAGCCGGCAAGACAGUCACAGCCAAGGACGUCCUCCUGCCUGGAACCCAGCAGGUUGCCUCUGGUUUCACCAUGUACGGCGCCUCUGCCCAGCUCGUUAUGACUGUGAAGACAGGAACAGUCAACGGCUUCACUCUCGACAAUGCUCUUGGUGAAUUCAUCCUUACCCACCCCAACAUGCGCAUCCCACCCAGCCGCUCCAUCUACUCCGUUAACGAAGGAAACUCAAUGUACUGGCCUGAGUGGGUCAAGAAGUACUUUGAGGAACUCAAGUACCCCGAGACCGGCAAGAAGCCCUACAGCUCCCGAUACAUUGGUAGCAUGGUUGCUGAUGCUUACCGAACCCUGCUGUACGGUGGUAUCUUUGCUUAUCCGGCUGAUUCUAAGAGUCCAAAGGGCAAGCUCCGUAUCCUGUACGAGUGUGCCCCCAUGGCUCUCAUCUUUGAAAAUGCUGGUGGUUCAGCUAUCAAUUCUAAGAUGGAGAGAUUGCUGGAAAUAGUGCCAGAACAUAUACAUGACAGAAGUGGAAUCUUCCUCGGCAGCAAGAACGAGGUAGAGAAGGUCAUGGGAAUUAACAAGCGAUUCGAAGCUGCUGGCUCUAGCUAG